AAUAGACAUGAAGGACUAUAAUGCUUACCUUGCACAGACUGUGUGUGGGGAAAACAUGAUUGGUACAAUCAAGACGUUCUUAAUUUGACUAGUCUGUACCAAUUCAUUAUCCUUUAAUUGUUUUGCUGAAGUACAAAUUUUUUUCUAAGUUCUUUUCAGACACGUUUCAAAACAGCUGGAUGGAGUUCAGAAGAAUGGAACAAAACAUAGGGCUCUCGAGAUGUGUUAAUGAAAGUUUUAUAUCUUCAAAUGCAGAACUGAAAUCUUAAUGGACACAUUGAAGAACACUGCCUCUAAAAUUAGUUCUAAUGAGGAGAGAGAGGAGCAGGAUGUUGUUCAGUACAAGAAUCGAAGAACAUCAUCUCCAGAGCCAAGCUGUGUGUCUAUGAAGAGUGACAGAUCCAUGCUUGAACCUCGUAAGUUCUGUGAUAGAACAGUGACCUCUAACCCCAGAACUGAAAUCUUAAUGAAGUCACUGAAGAACACUGCUUCUAAAACGAGUUCUAAUGAGGAGAGAGAGGAUCAGGAUGUUGUUCAGUACCAGAAUCGGAGAACAGCAUCUCUAGAGCCCAGCUGUGUGUCUAUGAAGAGUGACAGAUCCAUGCUUGAACCUCGUAAGUUCUGUGAUAGAACAGUGACCUCUAACCCCAGAGAUGACCAGACUGUAGACCUGCAGCAGAAUUCUCGCCAACCAGUAGAUGAUCAACUACAGAGAUUGAAAGGCCAACACAAAACCAGCAUGAAGAACAGGUAUGAGAGAUUAUUUGAGGGAAUCAAAGUACAAGAGAACCAAAACCUCCUGAACAGGAUUUACACACAGCUGUACAUCAUAGAGGGAGAGAGUGAAGGAGUGAAUGAAGAACAUGAGGUUUUACAGAUGGAGAAAGCACCUAGAACACAACACUCACAAAACACUCAAAUCUACUGCAAUGACAUAUUUAAACCCACACAUGAACCAGGAUGUGAGGAGAAAGACAAAAUAAAGACUGUUCUUACUAAAGGCAUCGCUGGAAUAGGAAAAACUGUCUCUGUGCAGAAGUUCAUUCUGGACUGGGCCGAGGGAAAAGCCAAUCAGGAUGUAGAUUUCAUGUUUGUGCUUCCAUUUCGAGAGCUGAACUUGAUUCAAGAUCAUCAGAACAGUCUUCACAGACUUCUGCUGGACUUUCAUCCUGAACUUCAAGAUUUUGACUUAAAAAUUUAUGAUAAAUGUACAGUUUUGUUCAUCUUUGAUGGUUUGGAUGAAAGCAGGAUAACACUGACAUUUUCAGACCAUGAAAAGGUUUCUGAUGUGACUAAAACUUCAUCAGUGGCUGUGUUGAUGUCAAACCUCAUGAAAGGAGAGCUGCUUCCCUCUGCUUUCAUCUGGAUCACCAUCAGACCAGCAGCAGCCAAUCAGAUCCCCUCCAAAUACAUCAACCGCCUGACAGAAAUUCAGGGAUUCAAUGAGCCUCAGAAGGAGGAAUAUUUCAGGAAGAGAAUCAGUGAUGAGCAUCAGGCUAGAAGAAUCAUCUCACACAUCAGAAAAUCAAGAAGCCUCCACAUCAUGUGCCACAUUCCCGUCUUCUGCUGGAUCUCAUCCACUGUGCUUCAAAAGCUCUUGAAAGAAGAUCUGAGUGCAGAAAUCCCUCAAACUCUGACUGAAAUGUACAUCCACUUCCUGUUGAUUCAGAUCAACAUGAAGAAUCAGAAGUAUGAAGAGAGAGGAACAGAGAAACUCCUUCAGUCCAACAGAGAAGUGAUUGUGAAACUUGCUGAACUGGCUUUCAAACAGCUGAUAAAGGGCAAUGUGAUGUUCUAUGAGGAAGACCUGAGAGAGAGCGGCAUAGACGUCAUUGAUGCCGCAGUGUAUUCAGGGCUUUGCACUGAGAUUUUUAAGGAAGAAUCCGGAAUCCUUCAGAGGAAAGUCUACUGCUUUGUACAUCUGAGCUUUCAGGAGCUUCUAGCUGCUUUCUAUGUCUUUUACUCCCAUCUGACGAAGAACAUGGAGCCAUUGGAUUUGUUUGAGAGGUACAGAUCUGAGAAAAUCUCUCUGUGUGAUCUUCUAACAUCAGCAGUUGAUAAAACUCUCCAGAGCAAAAAUGGACUACUGGAUCUUUUUCUGCGGUUCUUGCUGGGCAUCUCACUGGAGUCCAAUCAGAAAAUCUUAAAAGUUUUACUGAUACACACAGAGAACAGCUCAGAGACCAUCAGAGAAACGAUACAGUACAUUAAAGACACAAUCAAGAGGGAUGACUAUCAGAUGGCUCUUUCAGUUGACAAAUCCAUCAAUCUGUUCCUCUGUCUGCUGGAAGUGAAUGAUCAGACUCUGUACAAAGAGAUUCAGGAGUUUGUAAAAUCAGACAAACACUUAGAGAAUCAACUCUCUCCUGCUCACUGCUCAGCAAUCGCCUACAUGCUUCAGAUGUCAGAGGAGGUGCUGGAUGAGUUCGAUCUCAUGAAAUACAACACAUCAGUUGAGGGUAGAUGGAGACUGAUACCAGCUGUUAUGAACUGCAGAAAAGCUCUACUACAUGGGUGUAAUCUCACUGGUCAUUGUUGUGAAAGUUUGUCUUCAGCUCUACAAUCUUCAAAGUCUCUCUUGAGAGAGAUGGAUCUGAGUAACAAUGACUUGCAAGAUUCAGGUGUAAAGCUUCUUUCUGAUGGACUGAAGAGUCCAAACUGUCAGCUGGAGAUACUGAGAUUUCCCGUAUGUAAUCUCACUGCACAGUCUUGUGAGAGUUUGUCUUCAGUUCUGCAAUCCUCAAACUCCUGUCUGAGAGAGCUGGACCUGAGUAACAACGACCUGCAGGAUUUAGGAGUGAAACUUCUUUCUGAUGGACUGAAUAGUUCAAACUUUCAGCUGCAGAUACUGAGGCUACAAAGCUGUAAUCUCACUGGUCAUUGCUGUGAAAGUUUGUCUUCAGUUUUACAAUUCUUAAACAUCCUGAUAGAGCUGGACUUGAGUAACAAUGACCUCCAUGAUUCUGGUGUGAAGCUUCUUUCUGAUGGACUGAAGAGUCCAAAAUGUCAGCUGGAGAUACUGAGAUUUUCCAUAUGUAAUCUCACUGCACAGUCUUGUGAGAGUUUGUCUUCACUUCUGCAAUCAUCAAACUCUCAUCUGAAAGAGCUGGACUUGAGUAAAAAUGACUUGCAGGAUUCAGGAGUGAAGCUUCUUUCUGAUGGACUGAAGAGUCCAAACUGUCAGCUGCAGAUACUGAGAUUGUCUGGCUGUAUGGUAACAGAGGAAAGCUGUCAUUAUGUGUCGUCUGCGCUGAGUUCAAACCCCUCACACCUGAGAGAGCUGGAUCUGAGCUACAAUCACCUGGGAGAAUCAGGAGUCAAGCUGCUCUCUGAUGCAUACACCCAUUCAAACUGCACACCCAAUGUGGAAAAUGGAGGAGAGUUCAGGAUUACAGCAGGACUAUACAAAUAUGCUUGUGAUCUCACUCUGGAUUCAAACACAGCAAACCCUCAGCUCAUUCUCUCUGAGGAGAACAGAAAGGUGACACAUGUGAGAGAGUCUCAGUCAUAUCCUGAUCAUCCAGAGAGAUUUGAUGAGUGUCCUCAGGUUCUGUGUAUUGAGAGUCUGUCUGGACGCUGUUACUGGGAGGCUGAAUGGAGUGGAUAUGCUGAAAUAUCAGUGACAUAUAAAGGAAUCAACAGGAAAGGAGGUAGUGAAGACUGCUGGUUUGGGCGCAGUAAAAACUCCUGGAGUCUGAUCUGCCAUUAUAACACAUUCAGUGUCAGUCACAAUCAUAAGUUCACUGACACCCAUGUGCCAUCAGGCUCCUGUAGAAGAGUUGGAGUGUAUGUGGAUGUGCCAGCCGGCACUUUGUCCUUCUACAGCGUCUCUGACACACACACACUCACACACUUAUACACAUUCACCUCCACAUUCACUGAGUCUCUCUGUGCUGGAUUUAUGGUUGGUUUCAAUGCCUCAGUGUCUCUGUGUGAGACCAAAAAGCCUGUGAGCAACAGCAGAGACAUCACACACAUCUGAUUGAAAUAAACACUCAGACACCUCACAUAAUUAACCAUCUGGAUGAGCUCUGACCGGUUUGUGUCUAUUUACUUUCAGAGACUAUGUAAUCAUGUAAAUUGUUCUUUAUUAAAGGUCCAGAACUGUGUGUAAUAUCAAAUAUUGUGGAUGUGUGUUAUUGUUGAGUUGUCUAGAGAAGUAUCAUGCCACUUGACAGCUUUGUUCAGGUUUACUGCUUUCUA